AUCGUCGCACUUUUCCGACGUCAUCACUCUCCGCACCAAAGAGCGGUGCUAAAAGUUCUGUCGAGCGCACGUGCGGUUUUUGAGUAAACGUCUCACCAUGGCGGGCUCGUUUUCACAGGAGCUCGAGGACUUGUUGAAUCCUUUGCCUAAGUUUGCUGAUCCGGAGGAUGACGAGGACGAGGCCACCAAAGCCAAAGUGAUCGAAGGAUUCAACGAGGACGAGGACGGGGUCGGCCACAGUGCUCUGCGGAAGCACAACACAUCCCUGCUGUCAGACACCGACACACGCUACGUGGGCAAGAAGGUCUCCCGGAAACAGCUGCUGAUGGACAUCGAGGGGUCAGCUGAGGAGGACAGCAUAGGAGAAGGUGAAGAAGAGGAUCCUAUGGGGGAUGAAGAGACUGAAGAUAAAGAUGAAGAGGCUGAAGAUGAUGAUGAUGAUGAUGAUGAUGAGGCUGAAGAUGAUGAUGAUGAUGAUGAUGAUGAUGAUGAAUUAUUAGAAGAUGACGACGAUGAUGAUGAGGAGGAGCUGGCGUCUAAGUCAAAGGUUGCUGAUGUGAGCUUUCCUCAGCGGGUGGACUUCCGCAAACUGACAGAAGGCAUGGAUGACCUGGGGGUGAGUGAAGAGGAUGACGACAGUGACAGUGAGAUCGAAGGCAGCGGUGAAGAUGAUGACGAGAUGGAAGAAGACGACGACGAUGAAGAUGGUGAGGAUGAGGGGACUGUCCGCACGUUCUCUCAAGAGAAAGUGGACGAGGAGGUCGAGAAAGGCAAGGCUGUCAGGAACCAGCUGACCCUGUGGGACCAGCUCCUCGAGGGUCGAAUCAAAAUGCAGAAAGCUCUGGUGACUGCCAACCAGCUGCCACAGCCGGACACUUUCCCAGAGUUCAAGAGAAGGGGUGGAGCAGAGUUCGCGGGGCAGCUGAAGAACACUCACAAAGCUCUGAAAGCUCUUCAGAGAUCUCUGCUGGAGCUGCACGACCAGCUGCUGUACCAGAGCGCGGACACGAGGACCAUCUCUCUGGGGAAGGCGGGAACGGAGGGUGAGGACGAGGAGAUCAACAGUGAGGAGGAUGAGGACUGGUCGGUGCAGGAUAGCGGAGCACCUAAACGGAAACUGGAGAUGGCAGAGUACCCGGACUUCAUGGCCAAACGAUUUGCCGCUUUCCAGCCUUACCGUAAUACAACAUUGCAGAAGUGGCACGACAAAACCAGACUGACUAUGGGCAAAAGCAGCAAGGGCUUUGGGGCGUUCGACAGGAACAUAUUGACCCAGGUGGAGCAGGUGCUCAUGGACAAUGAGAGGCUGGUGCGGCGCACCCAGACCCGACGCUCAGAAUACAGAGUCCUGGGGAAAAAAGAGGCCACGGCUCCUGCCUCUGAGACCGUCUUCACUGAGGGAGAGGAGGCGGAACAGCAGCUGAAAGCGAACACCCAUCUCAAGGACCUGGACGAGGACGUAUUCGACGAUGACGAUUUCUACCAUCAGCUGCUGAGAGAGCUGAUUGAGCGCAAAACGAGCGCAGCCGACCCCAAUGACCAGGUGGCCAUGGGCAAGCAGUGGCUGGCCAUCCAGAAACUGCGGAGCAAGAUCAAGAAGAAGGUGGAUACGAAAGCCAGCAAGGGGCGUAAAGUCCGAUUCCACAUCCACAGCAAAUUGGUCAACUUCAUGGCUCCUGUUGACCACAGCACCAUGAGUGACGAGGCGCGCAGCGAACUGUAUCGCGGCCUCUUUGGUCGGAACUCGACAGCCAGGGAGUGAUAGAGGGAGGAGGUACUCAUGUAGAGCAACGUACCUUUUUGUUCACAUACACAGGCAGUAGCUUUAGGACUGGACCGCCUGUUUGUCAGGAGUUCUGGUGCUGACUUGACAGGACAUGGAGUUCUAAAUAAAUACCCUUAGUACUGAGAGGCAUUUUCAGUAUGUGUUGUUGCCUAAUGACCAAUUUGUGAUAAAAUAUGUAAUGUAAGUGUUAUACGAAUUCUGAUUCUAGUAAAGACUUGACUUUGAAA